UACGUAAAAAGCAGUAGUUGCAAGCAGCAACAAUUCAUUCGUCGACACUAAGUGGAAUAAUUACUGAAAGCUAAAGCAUGAAAACAAAAUAUAGUAGGCGCUGGAGUGGGUGCAAAAAUCAAAACGGGGUACAGAAUCCAUGGUCUGAAGUUGUUGAACUCGAUGUUUACUCCAGAAGGUUGUAAUAUGCCUACUUGGAAAAUAAGGUGUGGUUCCUGCAAUUAGAUUGAGUUUCUGCCGCAGGCCUAGGACAGAAAUAUGAGUUUGAGAGUAAAAUAGGGUAUUGAAAUUUCCAGAAACUGGAAGGCUGGAGUCAUGCUUGUGGACUGAGUGGAGACAUUCUACAAAACAGUCACCCAAUUUGCAUUUGGUUGUUAAUUCUUGCUGCAUGGAUAACGUUAUUCCGGCAAUGUGACUUUUUUUUAAACGAGCAUCAUUGUGCAUAAGCUGUGAACAAUCAAAAACGGAUAGGUGGUGCUGCAAAAAUGAAGAUACAGAGCAGCCAUUUUGUGAUCCUUUCAUUUGGAGUUUUGAACUCUUAUACUCAAGAUGAAUAUUGUCUAAUAAUUUAACACUGCUGUUUAGCAUACGCCAUCAGAAUGCAACAGUGGAUAUUUUCAAUUUUUCAGAAGAUAUAAAUUGAGAAUUACUAUAUGUACAGCACAGCAUUCUAGGGAUGGAGGAGUGUGUGCACACAGAUAAAGCUGAAGGUGACAUGUCAGAGUCCAAUAGUAACCAUGGAAACCAACUGAAGAACUUGGUUAACAUAAGUGGUAAUUGUAGUAGAUCAACCCAAUAUUCAGAAGAUGAUUUGCUCUGUAAAGAAUCAGAAGUUCAUCUUUUACCCACUAGUAGAUUGGUGACAACCAAAAAUAAAAAUGAAACUGGAAAUAAAAUGAAGGAACAACAGAUGAGCAGCAAUUUUUCGCACUCUGUAGACAUUCAGCUCAUUUGCAGUAUUUGUGGGAGUACAUUAAGCUGUAGAAGUUCUCUGGAUAAGCACAUGUUGAUCCAUUCCAGCAGAAAACCAUAUCAUUGUGCAGUGUGUGGGCAGUCACUUGCAGCAAAGGACCACUUGCAAAGUGUGAAGUUGCCAGCGGGACAAUCUGAUAUCAAUGAUAACACUGAGAAGACUUCUGUACCAGAAGAAGCAGGACCAUUCUGGAAUUCCAUGGUAGCUGUGGGGAUGCUGUUUGUCUGUGAAACAUGUGUUGCUUACAGAAAUCUCUUUGAGGCCCAAGAGACCUCCGUCCAUAAAUGGAUGGCCCGGAGGCAGAAUGAGCCUCUGCAUGUUCGUGUGCAAAGACUAGAGCGUGAACGGACUGCAAAAAGACUUAAACGUGCUAAUGAAUCAGCAGAUGAAAGGGAGAUGAGGAGGCUGAGAGAUCGUGAGGCCAAACGUCUUCAGAGAAUGCAGGAGUCAGAAGACCAGAGGACAAGAAGAUUACAACGUGAAAGAGAAGCUAUGAGAUUGAAAAGGGCAAAUGAGACUCCAGAAAAACGGCAGGCAAGACUCAUAAGAGAGAGAGAAGCAAAAAGAAUAAAAAGACGUUUGCAGAAGUUAAAUCCUAGUCUAUCAGUUCAUAUUUCUCAGAAAUCAAUACCAGAAAUGAGCUCAUUCCAGCUUCAUGUUGCUUGCCCCAAUCUAUAAAAUUAAUAUAUAGAUAAGUAAAUUUGACUUUAUUUUUGCUCUGAAACAAAAUCUAUCCCAGCGUUCCACCCAGUAUGUGAGAGAAUUGCAUUGGAAAUAUGGUACUGGUGCGGAAUAGAAGAUACAAAAUAAGCAAGUUAUUGUAGCUGUGUAGUCAUACAAUCUGCAGUAACUUGUAUAAAACUUUACAAAGUCGCACUUUUUGAAGAACCAAUGAUCUCAAAUUUCCAGUGAAUCUCUGUUCUUUGUGUAUUUCUGUUGACUGGAAUUAUGUGGCUCAUUUUCUUAGCUGUUACAUUAAAUUAUUUUACUGCACUUUUU